GCCAGUUCAGCCGUACUCAGGCGUCUAUAUAAGCAAACCCCACGGUGCUGGAAACCAACAUUCGUCAGUGAAUCGCCAAGCAAUAUGAAAGCCAUCACCCUCUGCCUUCUGGUUCUGGUCUCGGCCAGCUGCCUGCUGACCACUCAUGCCAAUGCUGUUGGCUCGAGCGAGAACUUCGACUAUGACCUCGAGAUUGAACAGCUGCUGGCCGACCUCGAAGGCGACCUCGACUACAUGGGAGUGGCCGAGCAGGGCUUCAUCCGCAGCUGCCGUGGCAUCCUACGCAAAGCUCUGAAGGGUAUCCGCGGCACCAACUGCAUCCUGAAGGAGACCUUGGCCGUGCUGACUGCCUGCACCACCUACGUCGACGCCAUCGAUAGCUGCGGCGUGGCCGUGCCCAAGGAUGUGGCUAACAUUUUGAAGACCGUCAAGUCCAUGAUCACCAUCUGCAACAGCAUCAUCCACCUGCACUCGCAGCUGUGCGCCACCGAGGACACCACCACCACCGGCACCGGCAAAACCGCCACCAAGUGCUUCCUCAAGCUGUUCAGGGCCACCAUGUCGCUGGUCAGGAAGAUCAACACCACCCUGAAGCUGGCCAGCAAGCUGCCCUCCGACACCAGCUCCUGCUUCGUGGGUGCCACCAACACCGUGAAGGACGCCUGCAACGCCUUCUUGCCCAACAUCGAUGUCUGCAUUGAUUCCAUGUAAACAUUUUGAAUAAAACACGAAAAAUAAAUAUAUAUAUUCAGAGCAAA